CUCUCCAAUUUCCGAGUGCCUGUGUAUCAACCGUCAGAUAUAAAUCCCCUCCCUCGAAUCUACAUGCUUGCUUGAAGAAACCUUCUCAGAACGCUUACUUGAAGAAACCUUCUUUGCAGUAGCCGCAGCUCCUCGAUCGCCAUGAACCUAUCCGCACUGCGACUCGACUCAAACCCUCUCCCAUUUUCUCACUCGGCCUUCAAUAAUGGGGGGAAAUCCAGAAGCAGUGUGGCCCCAAACCUCUUCUGCCCUUCUAGAAGCUUCCUCAGGGGGCCGCAAUGCUUACUGGCUUCUUCUCCCUCAGCGGCCGUGCCGAAAGAGGCCGGGGGCGGGCCUGACCGGAUCGACUCGCUGAGUCAGGUGUCGGGCGUGCUUGGAUGCCAGUGGGGCGACGAAGGGAAGGGGAAACUUGUCGAUAUCUUGGCCAAGCAUUUCGACGUCGUCGCUCGCUGUCAGGGUGGUGCAAAUGCUGGACAUACCAUCUAUAAUUCUGAGGGCAAAAAAUUCGCUCUUCAUCUUGUUCCCUCUGGAAUCCUCAACAAGGAAACUUUAUGUGUAAUUGGAAAUGGAGUUGUGGUGCAUCUACCAGGCUUAUUUAAAGAAAUUGAUGGCCUUGAGUCUAAUGGGGUCUCUUGUAAGGGACGGAUAUUAGUAUCCGAUCGUGCCCACUUGCUGUUUGAUUUCCAUCAAGCUGUAGAUGGGCUUAGAGAAGCAGAGCUUGCUAAUUCUUUUAUUGGGACAACCAAGAGAGGGAUUGGGCCUUGUUAUUCAAGCAAGGUGAUUCGGAAUGGCAUUAGGGUGAGCGACCUAAGACAUAUGGAUACUUUUCCUCAGAAGCUUGACACUCUAUUAUCGGAUGCCGCGGCACGGUUCAAAGGCUUUAGUUAUAGCCUAGACAUGCUUCGGGAUGAAGUUGAGCAGUACAAAAGGUUUGCUGAGCGGUUGGAACCCUUCAUUGCUGAUACUGUCCAUGUCAUGAAUGAAUCCAUCAGAGAAAAUAAGAAGAUAUUGGUCGAAGGCGGUCAGGCGACCAUGUUGGAUAUUGAUUUUGGAACUUACCCAUUUGUGACUUCUUCCAGUCCUUCAGCUGGUGGAAUUUGCACCGGACUUGGCAUUGCUCCUAGAUGCCUUGGUGAUCUUAUUGGAGUAGUCAAAGCAUACACUACGAGGGUUGGCUCAGGUCCCUUCCCAACAGAGAUGUUGGGUAAAGGUGGUGACAUCCUUAGGGUUGCUGGGAUGGAAUUUGGCACGACAACAGGUCGUCCUCGACGCUGUGGUUGGCUGGACAUAGUUGCAUUGAAGUAUAGCUGCCAGAUCAAUGGUUUCACAUCUCUGAACCUCACCAAACUUGAUGUUCUGUCGGAUCUUCCGGAAAUUAAGUUGGGGGUUUCCUACAAGCAAAUCGAUGGCAAGCUAAUUGAAUCAUUUCCAGCAGAUCUUCAAGUUCUGGAGCAAUUGCAGGUUGUCUAUGAAACUCUGCCAGGGUGGCGGACUGAUAUUUCUUCCAUCAGGAGCUACAGUGACCUCCCUCAUGCCGCUCGCAGAUAUGUCGAAAGGAUAGAAGAGCUGGUUGGCUUGCCUGUACACUAUAUUGGUGUGGGACCUGGCCGUGAUGCGCUCAUAUUCAAGUAGUUACUCUUCGAUGUGGAUUGUUAGAGUUUCUUGCUGGUGGAUUGAAAUGGAGAUAACGUCAGAAUGAGAUCUUGUCUGGGUUUCAUGCAUUUGAUGAGCAAUUCAAGUUCCAAAGAGGAUUUUCUGCAGGCUUGUUAUUUUCACAUGGAGAUUUUUACAUGCUAUAUUUGAAUUUCAGAAUAAAUAUAGAAUUUUGGGUUACUACACUGCUUCUGUAUUUUGAAUAGGUUUUAGUUGUUCAUUGAUAUGAGAACAUCUGAUCCUAUUCAUCUGCA